CAGUCAAGCAGAAGCAGAAACAGAAAGAGAGAUUCGGGAGAUCAGACGUCAACAAGAAGAACGAUGUGGAAUCUGGAAUCAGUAUCAGAUUCUGAGGAGGACAACACACCAUCCUCAGAAGAUGAAAGAGACUUUGAGUGCCAGAUUCUGGAGAAAGAGCGAGAUGAGGCGAAUGAAAAGCUGUCAAGGAUGGAGGAGGCCUCUUCUCAUCUGCUGAAGGAGCUGGACGUGUUAGAGAUGCAGUUUCAGAUCGAGCGCUCCUGUAGAGAGACCGCAGAGGCCUACGCACUGAAGGUGUCAAAAGACUUCAAGGUAUUAAAGAGGCAAAGCCAAGCUGUACUUCCUCUAAUUCAAGAUAUGCCAGAGAAUCUCUCCGCCCUGAAGCUGGACUCUGAGGCUGAUCUGAGCUCUGACUCGGUCCCUGAGGAAGGGAACAGCGAAGAUCCGCUUCUCAUGAGCCAGAACCAAAUUAGAGAACUCCAGUCAUCUGUGGAUCGGUUGCUUGGGGAGAAAAUUCAACUGUGUGCACAGGUGGACCUCCUUAAGAAAGAGAAGGAGGAUCUGAAGGAGAAGCUGGUUUUGGAGGUUGGAGAGAAAGAGGCCCUUCUGAAGAAGCUCAGUAAACAAAACAGGACUGUGAAUAAAAUUAAGAGAGUGUCUCAGCUUGUCACGGAUGAGUUUACUGAGAUCUCUCAGAAGCUCGAAAUGGAGCAAGAUCUCAGGCAGCAUGCUGAAGUUUUUGCACACCAGAUGCUGGUAAAACAGAAGGAAACCCAGCGACAGAUUCAAAAUGCAGAGACUGAGAAACAACUCCAGCAGACUCUGAGUCAAGUGAGUGACAUCAGCAGAGCUCUGGAAGAGAUACGACUCUGUUACCAGAUGCAGAUGUCUCAGACAGCAGCGGAGGAUCUCAACGCUCUGUCAGAUCUGACAGCUAUAAGAACAAAACUGGAGAUCAGCGAGCGAGAGAGGAGCGAGACUGAGACUCAGCUGAGAGACUCGCAACAAGCUGUUUCUGCACUUCAGGAGCAAAUCAAGCUGCUCCAGGAUAAACUGAGAGAGAAGGAGCAAAUCCCUUUAAUUAUAAUUGCCCAAUCUGAAGAGACCAAUGAAAAGCCGUCUGAUCCACCCUCACUGCCACCUCCACCUCCACCUCCACCUCCUCCUCCUCCUCCUCCUCCUCCUCCUCCUCCUCCACCAUCUUCAUUUGUGACUGACCCAUUAAAGUCCUUGAGGAACAGAAAGAAAGGAGGAGAAAACACCGCUCAAACUGCAAAACCCACAAUUACGGAGGAUAUGAAGGCCAGAGCUGUGGAUGAAAUGAUGGAGCGAAUCAAGAAAGGCAUUGUGCUUAAACCCGUCCUCAGACCGCCACAGGUUGCAUCUGAGGAUGAAAAUGCAUGGAAGGAGCAGAGAUCUGAGAACCGGAAAUCAGCAGUGCUGGAAUUGCAGGAGAUGCUGGACACUGUGAGGAGGCCUGCUCUUCGACGGGUGGAGUCUAGCAAACGCUUCAGCCGUAAUGUUGGGGAGGCGGAGCUUCAGAUGGUGCUCCAGAGACGGAGGCGGGCCAUGGGAGAUGAUAAAGUGACUCCGCCCUCUCCAACUAAACCCAAAGAUUCACCCGUCUUGAGCUUUUCGCCCUGGGCGGGGGAAAGUGGAAGCGCCCCUGUCCUCCGGAGACUUCAGCAGAACCGUGAGAAGAGAGUCUCUCGCAUAAAGGCUUCGGAGUCCAUUAUAUGGGAAGAAAAGUGAGGUUUUGAGGGGUCUUUUAGACUGACCUUCUGCACUUUUCAGAGGCACGAUGUUGAACUAAGUAUGACUUCAACACCUAUUUGCUUCUAGAAGCCUCUCUGAGUUUGUUGAGAGUAAAUGUCAUAAGGCUGAAUAAAACGCUAUGAAAAAAAAAAACCCAAGGACCCCUAGCAUUCAAAAGUGAAUUAUGAACAAAAUAAAAGACAUUCUUUCGGCACAUAUUCAGUCUCUUUUCUUUGCACCCCCAUCUGUGUUGGACGUUU